UGACGUUUUAUGUUUUUGCUACUCAUCCAGAUCCGCGUCGGUUUUGUAACAAAAAGUUAUAAUUAUUUUGUUAUUACUCUUUAGAAACCUACUUCAAUAUGUUUCGGAAUCAGUAUGACAGUGAUGUUACUGUAUGGAGCCCCCAGGGGCGUCUCCAUCAGGUGGAAUAUGCCAUGGAAGCCGUCAAACUUGGCUCUGCCACUGUUGCCUUAAAGAAUAAGCAGUUUGCAGUACUUAUUGCUCUGAAGAGAGCAGUAAGUGAACUCUCAGCAUAUCAAAAGAAGAUCAUACCUAUUGAUGACCAUAUUGGCAUCUCUAUUUCGGGUUUGACUGCUGACGCUAGGAUGUUGAGCCGCUACAUGCGUACAGAGUGUCUCAACCACCGGUAUUCGCAUGAUGCCCCAAUGCCAGUCGGCCGUCUCAUUGCCCUGGUCGGUAACAAGAUGCAGAUCUGCACACAACGGUACGACAAGCGUCCUCUUGGCGUCGGCUUACUUGUUGCUGGUUAUGAUGACCAAGGUCCCCACAUCUACCAGACCUGUCCAUCAGCUAACUUCUUCGACUGCCGCGCUAUGGCUAUCGGCGCCCGCUCGCAGUCCGCCAGGACUUACUUGGAGAAGCAUCUGAACACCUUCGCAGAGAGUGAUCUCAAUGAGCUGGUGGCUCACGGACUGAGAGCCCUGAGGGACACCCUGCCUAAUGAGGUUGACUUGAAUACUAAGAAUGUAUCAAUAGCGAUAGUGGGUCCGAAGACCCCUUUGCGCAUCAGCGAGGAGGCGGAACUGAGUAGAUUCCUGUCGCUAGUGGAGGGCGAGGAGCGGCGCGGCGGAGGCGCCUCCGCCACGGGAGACGCUGGGCCUGCGCCUGCGCCGCCGGCGCGCGACGCGGGGGACGAGCCGCCCAGGGACCCGCAGCCACAGGUGGCGAUGGACACGGAGUAGAGUCUGACGAGCAAGCAGACGAGUCACCCGGGCAGACAGAUGUGACCCGGAUUAUCUGGAAGUCGGUCUACCCGGGUGUUCUACCAUCCCCCUUCUGGCCCCGGGUCAAAGACCUGCCUUGGCCAGUGUUUGGGUCGGUUAUUGCAGUGUGAUUAUUACUAGUUUUAUUACAGUAUACCCUAGCGUUAUUUCGAUUUCACGGGGUCCGUUUACUUAACCUGAAGAUUUGACAGGUCCAGCUUUUUACAGAAGCGACUGCCUGUUUGCCCGACCUUCCAACCCGCGAAGGGAAACCAGCCCAUUACAAGUUAGGUCACAUCCCUCCGAAACGAAUUUCUUGGGUAUAUGGGUACAGUCUACUACUGUUCAAUAUAUCUAUAAUUAUGAGCUAUGACAUAGAAUAUCGGCAACUCUCCGCUCCCCACCAGCGGCUGAGCUAGGUUUACCUCACCCCUCGGUCUUACUUUAGUCGUCAAUCGUGUGGGCGUCAGACGUCACACACAAAGAUGCGCGUGUACGAUAACGUCAAUGUAGUGUUUGUGUAAAACGAGGUGUUUUGUAUGAAGUGUCCGGUUCGGAAUAGUUGAAUACUUUUCAAUGCGCUACUUCCAUUAAGGGUCGAGCAGUAAGAGACGACGGCCACGAAGUCGCGGCAGAAUAACUAGUACAGCCAUGAGCAAUAUAAUGUACCCACUUUAGGACUCUGUCGCACUAACAUAUUUGACAUUUAGUGAGACUUACAGUUCAAUUUGUUAAAAAAGUUAAUGUGACAUGGGUACCAAAGUGUAUACAUAUUAAUGCUCGUGACCGUAUACUUAUAAUAAAAUCGUUACGUAAAACCCACUAAACGGACGCGAAGGAAAUUUUUCAGAAAUCAGAAUCAUUUAUUUAAAGUAAUUAUCAUGGAAAAACUUGUUGAUGGUAAAUGUAACAUUUUUGAAUUUACGUCAUUUCGCAAGGUUAUGGCUGAGGAGAAGAAAUGACAAGAAACUGCAACAGCAACACAUCUUUUAAAUCAAUGAGGGUGUACAUUACAAGUUAUUUAAUAACUAGAGGAACACAUUCAAUACCAGACAUUUCAAUUUUGUACAUUAAUAGUUUGAUCAACAUCUGCAAUAGAAAACAUCGCGCUGUAAGCUUUACAUGUAUCUUAGAAUAAUCAAUCAAUUAAUCACACUAGGCAUGCCAAUGUAAGCACUGGCCAAGGCAAAUAACGAAUCACGUGUUGCAUUUUUAUGUAUUUUGCAUAUUUUCAAUUGUAUUUCUUUGUCUGCUAUUAAAUAAAACUUCAAGAUAUUUAUAA